UCGCUGGGAGCAUGAACAUGGAGAUCCUGAAAAUAAGCCAAUCAAUGAUACCAAAUUUGAACAGCUUUUUGAUGUUAUCUGUUUUGUAAUUGAAUCAAAAAUAAUAAGUGACUUUCAUAUAAAGUAUUCCAUCAAUAAUUUGGUUAAAAUCAUUUUUUAACUCAAAAAGUAUCAUAUCUCUUCAGUGACAACAGCAAACGUAAGUAUCCAGACCUGAUGAGGGCAACUUCAGAUGAUGCAAGUCCAACUCCUGGAUAUCUGCUCCAUAAUAUUGCAGAGCUGACGCUGACUGCACCCGCACAGUCUGCCAAGCUGGUCGAGUUUCUUGUGACCAGGCUGCAGACUGCCUCAUCUCCAACUGUCAAACUCAAGACGUUACGCGUGAUGCUCUACUGCGCCCGUCACGGUCACGCAGAGUUCCGCCAGCUGUUGCGGUCACGUGACGGUGACGUCACGGCGGCCAGCGCCGCCUCCGGGCCGCCGGAUCCCGUGCUGGGGAUGACGCCCCACCUCUGGGUCCGCUCCACCGCUCAGGAGCUGCUGUCGCUGCUGUUUUCUGCCUCCGAUGACGUCACGGAGAGGGCGCCACGGUCGCCGAUGGUUGGUCUCGGACCGGUGCUGUCACCUGGUGGCGGUGGACAGUACCAAGGGUUCGGUGUGAGCACCGCCAAACGGUCAGGCGGCGCCAGCCUGCCGUCCCGACUGCGGGGUCUGAUGGAGGAGGCGCUCUCCCCUCCGUCCCCGGGUCCGCCCGCUCCGGACGUGUUCGCCACCUCAGCCGGACAGUACGAGCCGCCACCGCGCCUGUCGACGACUGUGGACGGCCCGGAGCUGCCCGUGCCGCUGCGCAGAGCGGGCGCGGCCCCACCCCGGCAGGCCAGACAGCCGCCAGCCAGAGGCCACAUCCCGGGCCGGGCCGGCGGCGGCUGGGAGGAGUCAGACGACGAGCCAGCUGAUGUGGAUGACGUCAGCGUCGGCUCCGACGUGGCCGCCGCCAUCGACGACGCCGACGAGGCUCCCGCCAGGUCUCCGGUAUCUCCCGAGGUGGUGGCCAUCGGCCAGUUCUGCAGUGACCACCACGGACACCAUAUCUCCCUGGUGGACGCCGUCCAGCUGGCUGACAGGCUGACGGCCGCUGGCGGUGGUGACGUCACGGCAGCGCUGGUGGAUCAGCUGACUCGUCCCAGUGACGUCACACGUCUGAGGGCGCUGGUGCUACUCGACUGUCUACUGCAGGCGGGGCCGACCGGCGCGGACAGUGGCGCCGCCCUGGCGGAGGCCGUAGGAAACUUGGUAACGGCGGAGGAUGAACGAGUGAAGACGAAGGCGUUGAAAAUCGGGAGGAUUAUGGAACGUUUAGCUGUGUGAUAAGGUGCGGAAAGAUUGUGAGAGAAAGAGAAUCAGAGGAGUGAAGGGUGAGAGCGGGGACACAUAAGGAGCCAAUGCCGGAGUGAGCAAACUGAAAGAGGUGAGGUGCCUGAGUUCAUCGAUGAUAUUUUGAGAAAGAGUGGAAAGAAAGCUUAUCUAUCGAGUAUCUUAACGUUACAGUAGUUGCGCUAGGAAGGCAACUUUGGUGCUGCGGAAUAGCUUGUCCAUUGCUUGGAUUGGAGAUAGUCACAAAAUGAGUUUUAUCGUGUCGAACUUUGCCAUGUUAUAUUAAGGUAUAUGUAUUAUGUAUACCACCAUCGUAACUUUCACGUCGGUUGCUUCAUGCAUUGAUUAAUUUUGCGAUGUGCUCUCAGUGCUCACAUGCCGGCCACCUUGUGUAUAUGUUUUCAUAUGACGUUCAAUGAAAACUCGUUGCCGCAUA